UAUAUUGUCGUAAUAUGUGGGAUAAGUAGUUUUUUGGCUGUAAUCAUUUCAUUAACCUCCAUAUCUUUACAUCUACUAAAUUACAGAAAACCUCUACAGCAAAGAUUAAUCAACAGAAUUCAAAUGAUAUUGCCCUUAUACGCUUUAUCUUGUUUUCUAAAUCUAAUUGCUCCGAAUAUAUCAAAAUACAUCGAACCAAUAAGAGAAAUCUACGAAUCCUUUGUGAUUUAUACAUUCUUCACCUUACUAACUGAUAUCCUAGGUGGCGAGAGAAAUAUCAUAAUCUUCACUUCAGGCAGAAAACCAAUUGCUCAUCCUCUUCCUUUUAGCUUGUUUUUUAAUCCAAUUGAUAUCAGUGACCCUUACACUUUUUUGUCAAUUAAAAGGGGCAUCCUACAAUACGUUUGGAUCAAACCAAUCCUAUGUUUAUUAAUUGCAAUCACUGAAUUCUUUGGUUGGUACGAUGUAAACGAUUUAUCCAUUUGGAGCUCUUAUCUCUGGCUAAAUAUCGCCUACAAUUUCUCGGUCUCCUUAUCUCUAUACAAUCUAGCCAUCUUUUGGAAAUGUCUUUAUAAUGAUUUGAUGCCUUUUAAUCCAUGGGGAAAAUUCUUAUGUGUUAAAUUGAUCAUUUUUGCUUCUUAUUGGCAGGGAAUAAUCUUGGGAAUCUUGAAUUAUCUAGGUUAUCUCGAUAAUAUUAAAAAUGAUACAGAUAUCGAUUUGCCCAAAGAACCUGAAUCAAAUGAAUACAACUUAUCCACUUCUAUUCAAAACGCUUUAUUAUGCGCUGAAUUAAUCCUAUUCGCAAUUGGCCAUUGGAAAUCUUUCACCUACAAGGCAUUUGAUUUCAAAACUUUGCCAAAUUCUUGUAGACUAACAUUUAAAAUGGCAUUAAAGGAUUCCUUUGGUAUUGGUGAUUUGAUUUAUGAUUUUAGAGUAACUUUUAACGGCUCAAGCUAUGAUUAUAAAAAUUUCGAUAGCGUCGAAGCCUUAAUUAGUCAUCCUUCAUCAUCUUCAAGGUAUGCCAGAUUAAACAAAGGUUUAAGAUAUUAUGAUGGCGGUAAACAUAAAUAUUGGUUGCCUGAUAGAAACGAAAUUAUGAAUUCUGAUCAAAAU